AUGUAUCUAGCUAUUCUUGCACUUCCUAUGUUUGGAUCAGCUGUUGCUGGUCUACGAGGACGAUCUAUCGGUGUGACUGGUGCUCACAUUAUUACAACAGGAUGUCUAAUGGCAUCAGCAGCUCUUGCUAUCGUAGCAUUUUACGAAGUAGGUCUAUCAGGAUCACCUGUAUCUAUUGUACUAGGUACAUGGAUUGACUCUGAAUUCAUGCUGGUACAAUGGGGAUUCCUAUUUGACAGUCUGACAGUGUCUAUGCUUCUUCCAGUGCUAGUUGUAUCAUCACUAGUACACCUGUACUCUAUUUCUUACAUGGCAGAAGACCCUCACAACCAACGAUUCUUCUCAUACCUAUCUAUGUUCACAUUCUUCAUGCUUGUGCUAGUAACAGGAGAUAACUACCUUAUUCUAUUCAUUGGAUGGGAAGGAAUUGGUAUUUCAUCAUACCUACUAAUUAACUUCUGGUAUACACGAAUGCAAGCUAACAAGGCUGGUAUGAAGGCUCUAACAGUUAACCGGGUUGGUGACAUGUUCCUAUCAGUAGGAUUCUUCGCAAUCUUCUGGGUAUUCGGUAACGUUGAUUACGCUUCUGUAUUUACAGUAGCUCCAUAUAUCAACGAAACAGCUAUUACAAUUAUUGGACUACUUCUACUGAUCGGUGCUAUGGCAAAGUCAGCUAACAUUCCUCUUCAUACAUGGCUUCCGGAUAGCUUCCUAAAUAUUAUUUCACGAUUUAACGUCGUAUCUUCUCGAGCCUUUAGUACUUCAAACUUCUUUAACAAGAAACCAGGUAAGAAUCGUCUGCCUGAUACACCUCUAUAUGAGUAUCUAUUUUCAUUUCUAGUAGGACUUAUUGUAGCUGGUUGUCUAAUGAUUCGCCGUCACGGUAAUAUGCAUACUGCACGUCUAACUAUCAAGUUUACCGUUACUAAGGGUACUGACAGUUCAUGGCUAGAUUAUCUCUAUACUCUUCUUUCACCAUACUGUUACAAGGGCUGGUCUACAACUGAAGAAGUAGACAAGCGCGGGGAUACUCCGGUAUCCUCAAUUCGAGCUACACUCACUUCAGCUACUCUUGGUGUUUUCUUUCCUUUUUUAUACUCUUUUUUGGCUAUCAAAUCGUGGUGUAUUCUCUCGAACACUCACAAUUGA